AUGACAUUCACUUGUCCCACUAAACAGAUAUCUGCGCCGAAAGAUAUAGAGGGUCCAGCAGGCUCAGGAUUUUUAGGGGAAGAGUUAUACAAGCGUGGAUUCAGAAACAUAGAUGGUCUGGAUCCUGCCGCAGGUAUGCUUGCAAUGGCAAAGAAAAAGAACAUUUAUGGUAGACUACUGUGUGAAUUUAUGUGCGAAAAAAGACUUCCAGUGGACAGUAAUACGUUUGACUGUACAGCUAUUGCCGGAGGAAUGGGAGAAGGACAUAUUUCUUGUGAAGCUUUGGAUGAGAUGAUAAGAAUUACCAAACCAGGUGGCUAUGUGAUACUGGUUAUGAGAGAAGAAUACUUAGAAUAUGUCAUGGAAUACAAGGACAGAUUAGAAGCUCUGAUGCAAGAACUAGAAGAUGUUCAAAAAUGGCAACGCGUCUCUAGAGUUAUCGUUUUUAAUUACUCCUUUGGAAAUAAUGGUGUUGUAUUCAAGUAUCAGAUAUGUUAG